GGCGGGGUCGAGGCGGCGAUGCGGGCUUGGGGACGGGGGCGCCUGCCCCGGCGGCUGCUGCUUCUGCUGGCGCUCUGCGUGCAGGCGGCACGGCCCAUGGGCUAUUUCGAGCUGCAGCUGAGCGCGCUGCGGAACGUGAACGGGGAGCUGCUGAGCGGCGCCUGCUGUGACGGCGACGGCCGGACGACGCGCGCGGGGGGCUGCGGUCACGACGAGUGCGACACGUACGUGCGCGUGUGCCUCAAGGAGUACCAGGCCAAGGUGACGCCCACGGGGCCCUGCAACUACGGCCACGGCGCCACGCCCGUGCUGGGCGGCAACUCUUUCUACCUGCCGCCGGCGGGCGCCGCGGGGGACCGGGCGCGGGCGCGGGCCCGGGCCGGCGGCGACCAGGACCCGGGCCUCGUCGUCAUCCCCUUCCAGUUCGCCUGGCCGCGCUCCUUCACCCUCAUUGUGGAGGCCUGGGACUGGGACAACGACACCACACCUGAUGAGGAGCUGCUGAUCGAGCGGGUGUCGCACGCGGGCAUGAUCAACCCCGAGGACCGCUGGAAGAGCCUGCACUUCAGCGGCCACGUGGCGCACCUGGAGCUGAAGAUCCGCGUGCGCUGCGACGAGAACUACUACAGCGCCACCUGCAACAAGUUCUGCCGGCCCCGCAACGACUUCUUUGGCCACUACACCUGCGACCAGUACGGCAACAAGGCCUGCAUGGACGGCUGGAUGGGCAAGGAAUGCAAGGAAGCUGUGUGUAAACAAGGAUGCAACCUGCUGCACGGAGGGUGCGCGGUGCCCGGGGAGUGUCGGUGCAGCUACGGCUGGCAGGGGAGAUUCUGUGACGAGUGCGUCCCGUACCCGGGCUGCGUGCACGGCAGCUGUGUGGAGCCCUGGCAAUGCAACUGCGAGACCAACUGGGGCGGCCUGCUCUGCAACAAAGACUUGAACUACUGUGGCAGCCACCACCCCUGUACCCACGGCGGUACAUGCAUCAACGCAGAGCCCGACCAGUACCGCUGCGUCUGCCCGGACGGCUACUCGGGCAGGAACUGCGAGCGGGCUGAGCACGCCUGCGCCUCCAACCCGUGUGCCAAUGGGGGCUCCUGCCACGAGGUGCCCUCGGGCUUUGAAUGCCACUGCCCGGCGGGCUGGAGCGGGCCCACCUGUGCGCUUGACAUUGACGAGUGCGCCUCCAGUCCCUGUGCAGCUGGGGGCACCUGCGUGGACCAGGUGGACGGCUUCGAGUGCAUCUGUCCUGAGCAGUGGGUGGGGGCCACCUGCCAGCUGGACGCCAAUGAGUGCGAAGGGAAGCCGUGCCUUAAUGCUUUUUCUUGCAAAAACCUGAUUGGUGGCUAUUACUGUGAUUGCGUCCCGGGCUGGAUGGGCGUCAACUGCCACAUCAACAUCAAUGACUGUCGGGGGCAGUGUCAGCAUGGCGGCACCUGCAAGGACCUGGUGAAUGGCUACCAGUGCGUGUGCCCACGGGGUUUCGGUGGCCGGCACUGUGAGCGCGAACUGGACGAGUGCGCCAGCAGCCCCUGCCACGGCGGCUUCUGCCAAGACCUGGUUGACGGUUUCCGCUGCCACUGCCCCCAGGGCUUCUCCGGGCCGCUCUGUGAGGUGGACAUCGACUUCUGUGAGCCAAGCCCCUGCCAGAAUGGUGCCCCUUGCUACAACCUGGAGGGCGACUAUUACUGUGCGUGCCCUGACCACGUGAGCGGCAAGAACUGCUCUGAGCUGCGUGAGCCUUGCCCAGGCGGGGCCUGCAGAGUGGUCGAUGGCUGCGGGUUGGAGCCCGGGACCCGGGUGGCCGGCGGCGUGGCCCCCUCCAGCGUGUGUGGCCCCCACGGACACUGUGUCAGCCAGCCUGGGGGCAACUUUUCCUGUGUCUGUGACAGCGGCUUCACGGGCACCUACUGCCACGAGAACAUCGACGACUGCCUGGGCCAGCCGUGCCGCAACGGGGGCACCUGCAUCGACGAGGUGGACGCCUUCCGCUGCUUCUGCCCCAGUGGCUGGGAGGGCGAGCUCUGCGACACCAAUCCCAACGACUGCCUCCCCGAUCCCUGCCACAGCCGCGGCCGCUGCUACGACCUGGUCAACGACUUCUACUGCGCGUGUGACGACGGCUGGAAGGGCAAGACCUGCCACUCGCGUGAGUCCCAGUGUGACGCUUACACCUGCGGCAAUGGGGGCACCUGCUAUGACAGCGGCGACACCUUCCGCUGCGCCUGCCCCCCCGGCUGGAGGGGCAGCACCUGCAACAUCGCCAAGAACAGCAGCUGCCUGCCCAAUCCCUGUGUGAACGGGGGCACCUGUGUGGGCAGCGGGGACUCUUUCUCCUGCAUCUGCCGGGACGGCUGGGAGGGCCGAACCUGCACGCACAAUACCAACGACUGCAAUCCUCUGCCUUGCUACAACGGUGGCGUCUGCGUGGAUGGUGUCAACUGGUUCCGCUGCGAGUGUGCGCCCGGCUUCGCGGGUCCCGACUGCCGCAUCAACAUUGACGAGUGCCAGUCUUCGCCUUGUGCCUACGGGGCCACGUGUGUGGACGAGAUCAACGGCUACCGCUGCAGCUGCCCGCCCGGCCGGGCCGGCCCGCGGUGCCAGGAGGUGAUGGUGUUCGGGAGGUCUUGCUGGUCGCAGGGUGUGCCCUUCCCACACGGGAGCUCCUGGGUGGAGGAUUGCAACAGCUGCCGCUGCCUGGAUGGCCGCCGGGACUGCAGCAAGGUGUGGUGUGGGAGGAAGCCUUGCCUGCUGGCCGGCCGGUCUGCUGCCCUGAAUGCCCAGUGCCCGCCUGGGCAGCGGUGCCAGGAGAAGGCCCCAGGCCAAUGCUUGCAGCCACCCUGUGCGGCCUGGGGGGAGUGUGGCGCCGAGGAGGCCCUGCUGCCCAGCACCCCCUGCCGGCCGCGCUCCGGCCACCUGGACAACAACUGUGCUCGCCUCACCCUGCGCUUCAACCGCGACCAGGUGCCCCAGGGCACCACCGUGGGUGCCAUCUGCUCAGGGAUCCGGGCUCUCCCAGCCACGCGGGCGGUGGCCCGGGACCGCUUGCUUGUGCUGCUCUGUGACCGGCCGUCCUCAGAGGCCAGCGCAGUGGAGGUGGCCUUGUCCUUCAGCCCGGCCCGGGACCUGCCCGACAGCAGCCUGAUCCAGAGCGCGGCCCACGCCAUCGUGGCCGCCAUCACCCAGCGGGGCAACGGCUCGCUGCUGCUGGCCGUCAGCGAGGUCAAGGUGGAGACGGUCGUCAUAGGCAGCUCGUCCACAGGUCUGCUGGUGUCGGUGCUGUGCGGCGUGUUCAGCGUGCUGUGUCUGGCGUGCGUGGUCACCUGCGUGUGGUGGACCCGCAAGCGCAGGAAAGAGCGGGAGAGGAGCCGGCUGCCGCGGGAGGAGAGCGCCAACAACCAGUGGGCCCCGCUCAACCCCAUCCGCAACCCCAUCGAGCGGCCGGGCGGCCCAGGCGGCGGCCCCAAGGAUGUGCUCUGCCCGUGCAAGAACUUCACGCCGCCCCCGCGCAGGGUGGGCGAGGCGCUGCCCGGGCCGGCGGGCGGCGGGGAGGACGAGGAGGACGAGGAGCCCGGCCGGGGCGAGGACGACGCCCCGGAGGCCGAGAAGUUCCUUGCGCGCAAACUCACCAAAGACCCCAGCUGCUCGCCCGGGAGGCCGGCCCGCUGGGCCCCGGGCCCCAAAGUGGACAACCGCGCCGUCCGGAGCAUCAGCGCUGCGCGCCGCGCCGGCAAGGAGUAGGGCGACCCGGGAGCCCGCCGGGCGCCCCGGGACCCUCGCUGGGCGCCGGGCGCCGCGCCCCCCACCGGACCACAGGAGGCCGAGGCCGUGUGCAUAGUUUAUUUUGUGUAAAAAAGCCCCACCCAAAGCAAAAAACAAAUGUUUAUUUUCUGUGUUUCUUUAACCUUGUAUAAAUUAUUGGAUGACAGGUGGGAAACAAUGGAGUAUUCUCAGAUAGUUGCUAUUUUUGUAACGUGUCUGUGUCGCACGCGCGUGUGGCCGAAGAGAGCAGGUGUGUCCGUGUUCGCACCGGAUUGCUUAUCGUCUGUCACCAGAGGUGGCGAACCAUUUACAGACUCCUCCUUCAUUCCUCACUCGGGGUUCUCGGUGGCCCCAGGCCGGAGAGCCCGUGGGACCCGUGGCUGUCAGUGGGACCACCUGUGGCUGGCAGUGGGACCCACGGCUCUUGGUGGGACCCGUGACGUUCGGCGUGGCGCGUGGCUGUCGGUGGCACCUGUGGUUGCAGCGGGGCGUGAGGUCCUUGGUGGGCCCGAGGCCCGUGGACAGACCCUCGCCGGCCCGUCCCCUGCGGUCCGCCGUCCUCGCUUGCUCCCGCCCGGAACACCUGCCCCAGAGAUCUCUCCACUGUGCUUUCAGAAGUGCCCUUCCUGGCUGCUCUGUUCCCCGGGACGGUGGCAGUAUCGAAGCUUGUGACAAGUGCCUUCACACAGACUCUCCCCUCGCAACUGUCAGCGUCUGCCGUGGGCACCGAGCCGCUGCCCGCCUGCCGGCCCCGGCCACCCCUCCUCGUGAAAGUGCAUUUUUGUAAAUAUGUACAUAUUAAAUGAAUCACUCUGUAUAUUUGAUUUAAUAACUUAAA